GAAGUCCGUUGUAAUAAAUUCCCAAUUAUUUUUAUGUAGGUAGGGUUUCGGUUUGCGAUCUUCCACAAAUUGGAUUAUAGCUAGAUCCCGCUAUUCGAAUACUCAAUCGAUUUAUGUUCAUGUACUGCUAUUUUGUUGAUUAUCCGUUUGAAUAUACAAUUGCGAUCAACAGGUUGUUCUGAAGUUUCCUCAGUUUUUGAUGGGUGCACCUAAGCAGAAGUGGACUUCAGAAGAAGAAGCUGCUCUUAAAGCUGGGAUACUUAAGCACGGGCCAGGUAAAUGGCGCACGAUUCUCAAGGAUCCAGAAUUUAGUGGAGUAUUGUGUUUGCGUUCAAAUGUAGAUCUCAAGGACAAGUGGAGGAACAUGACUGUGAUGGCAAACGGUUGGGGUUCUCGGGAGCAAGCAAGGUUGGCUGUCAAAAAGAUGAGACAGGCACCUAAACAAGAUGGGAGUCCUAUGACUGAUACUACUGCUGCAGAGAGUGAUGAGGAAACAGCUGAAGCAAGGCCUGUCACAACUUCUAGUGGAUCUCCUCAGGCACAUGGUUCAAAACGAUCUAUGAUAAGGUUGGAUAAUCUUAUAAUGGAGGCUAUAAACACCUUGAAGGAGCCAGGUGGUUCCAACAAGACCACAAUAGCUGAAUACAUAGAGGACCAGUACUGGGCACCUCCAAAUUUUAAAAGGCUACUGUCCGGGAAACUGAAGUAUUUAACUGCAACUGGGAAGCUUAUCAAGAUGAAGCGUAGGUAUAGAAUAGUACCUACGUCAACACCAUCUGACAGUAGAAGAAACCUGUCUAUUACACUUUUGGACAGCAGGCAGAGGAUCUUCCCUAAGAUUGAUCAGGAUGAUAUGAACAUGCUUAGUACAUCUCAGAUAGAUUUAGAGCUAGCUAAAAUGAGGAACAUGACACCUCAAGAGGCUGCAGCUGCUGCUGCACUAGCGGUUGCUGAAGCAGAAGAAGCCAUAGCUGAAGCUGAGGAGGCUGGUAGGGAGGCUGAGGCUGCUGAAGCUGAUGCUGAAGCUGCACAAGCCUUUUCAGUAGCUGCAAAGAAGACAUUACAUGGGAGAAGCGCCCCAAGGAUGAUGAUACAUGCUUGAUCUUUCCUUUGGAGGUGAGGUGGAUGUGCGAGUUAGAGAAUUGCUAGAUCCCAUUCCAGUUUGAUGUUGUAUCCUCACAGCUUGUACAUACGGCAACAAGUUUCAUGCUAAGUGUAAUCUACUGGGUUGUUAGUAGUAAAAGUGUUUUUGAUUGUAUCAGUGUGUUUCCUGUUCACCAGAGGACUUAACCAAAUCAGAUGUCUCCUUUUUAACCGUAACCGUUUCUGCUAGCUGAGUUCCCGAGGAACAGGAAUAACCCCGGGAAGGGGGUUGUUAAUGCAUGGAUGUACUGGAUGCUCUAUUGUUAGUGUACGACGAUUUAUUAUUUAUUUGAACUGGAUUUGGAAG